AUGAAGGCAGCCAUGAGGAGCUGGAUGAUCAUCUGCUUGGCCAUUUGUGCACCGUUAUUCUCAAUCUCAAGGGUACCAGCAGGAGCUGAAGCAGCCAAGCCCGUCAAAAUAUGUUAUAGUAAUGACGACUGCAAGUUAUUUCCAUGCACCUCAAGCUUUGGUCUUUGCGUUAACCACUUGUGCACAUGCCAAGUCGCAGAUAUUAAUAUCAAUGACUACCAUGCGCCCUGCAGAAGUAGCACUGACUGCAGAGACACUGCAGAAGACUGUCCAUGGGGCAAGGCUGUAUGUCAUAACGGGAAAUGCAUAUGCAUACACAUGAACCCAGCAACAUCAUCAGACAAGUCCGGCUCUCGCCUCCAAAAUCAAAACGACUAA